AUGGGUGCCUACUCGAAAGCACUUGAAUUUUACGAAAAAGCACUUAAAAUAAGAGAAAAAGCUCUGCCUCCGAAUCAUCCCGAUUUGGCUUCUUCUUACUCCUGUAUCGGUUCGGUGUAUAACGCCAUGGGUGACUACUCAAAAGCACUGGAAUUUUACGAAAAAGCACUCAAAAUAAGAGAAAAAGCUCUGCCUCUGAAUCAUCCCGAUUUGGCUCAAUCCUACAACAACAUCGGUUCAGUGUAUAACGACAUGGGUGAUUACUCGAAAGCAGUUGAAUUUUACGAAAAAGCACUUAAAAUAUUCGAAAAAGCUCUGCCUCUGGAUCAUCCCAAUUUCGCUUCUUCCUACAACAACAUCGGUGUAGUGUAUUACAACAUGGGUGAUUACUCGAAAGCACUGGAAUUUCACGAAAAAGCACUUAAAAUAAGAGAAAAAGCUCUGUCUCCGAAUCAUCCUGAUUUGGCUUAUACAUUCAAAUGGUUCGGAAAGAUUUAUCGCGGUAUGAAAGAUUAUUCAAGAGCACUUGAGAAUUUUGAAAACUGCCUCUCAAUACGUCAAAAAGCUUUACCUGAAAAGCAUCCAGAUAACGCUAUUACAUACAGUGACAUUGGUGAUGUUCAUCGAUUAAUGAGAGAUUAUGAAAAAGCACUUUCAUUUCAUAGAAAAGCAUUAAGUAUUCAAGAAAAUGUUCAAUGUAAUCCUCUCGAAUGUGCAUUGACAUAUAUAAAUUUAGGUGAAACUUAUCGAGAAAUGAAAGAUUAUACAACAGCAUUGACAUAUUUUCAAAAAGGAUUAGAAAUACGUCAGAAGAAAUUACCAAAAAAUCAUCCUGAUUUAGCUGUUGUAUAUCACAAUAUGGCAAAAUUAUAUUUAUCUACUCGACAAUAUAAUGUGGCAAUGAAAAAUAUUCAACAAACAAUAGAAAUUGCACAAGAAAAAUUACCUUCAACUCAUCCUCAUAUUUUGGACUAUAAAGAAACAUUUGAAAACAUUCGAAAGAAAAUGUAA